AAAAUUAAGGGAGGUUGGGGUUGGCGAAUUUCAUUAUCAAUGGCAGUAGCCCCAGCUGCAAUUCUGACUAUUGGGGCGUUUUUCCUCCCGGAGACACCAAAUAGCCUAAUACAGCAUGGAAACGAUCAUGAAAAGGCCAAGCGAAUGCUGCAAAGAAUCCGAGGCGUUGAUGAUGUCCAAGUAGAACUAGACGAUCUCAUAAAAGCGAGUUAUGCUUCAAAAUCUGUCAAACACCCGUUUAAGAAUCUCUUGCAAAGAAAAUAUAGGCCUCAACUCAUUAUGUCAAUGGCAAUUCCCUUCUUCCUACAAGCGACAGGAAUCAAUGUGAUCGGGUUCUAUGCUCCAGUACUUUUUCGGACAAUUGGUUUAACCGAAAGUGCAUCGCUGUUGUUAACAAUUCUGAUCUCAUUUGUGGGCUUAGGUUCGACAAUGGGGUCAUCUUUGGUAGUCGACAAACUUGGCAGACGUGCUUUAUUUCAUUUGGGCGGGAUUCAAAUGUUCAUUACACAAAUGUUGAUUGGAGGAAUAAUGGCAGCCAAAUUGGGGGAUCAUGGAGAAUUAAGCAAAGGGUAUGGCAUAUUAGUUUUGAUCUUAAUUUGCGUAUAUGUUGCUGGUUUUUGUUUGUCAUGGGGACCAUUGGGAUGGGUCGUUCCAAGUGAAAUUUUUCCACUGGAAAUAAGGUCGGCAGCACAAAGUAUUAAUGUAGCUACCAGUCUUCUCUUCACAUUCGUCAUUGCUCAAGGUUUUCUUGCUAUGCUUUGCGAAAUGAAGUCUGGAAUUUUCUUCUUCUUCGGGGGAUGGGUGGCAUUAAUGACUGGAUUUGUCCACUUUUUCCUGCCAGAAACCAAGAAUAUUCCGAUAGAGAAAAUGGAGAAAAUCUGGGAGGAGCAUACUUUCUGGAAAAGAUUUGUCCCUUGUAAUCAAGAUAAUGAAAAGAGUAAGAUUGAGGUAGCAUGAGCCUGCAAAUAUAUAUGCUUCAUAGUGUGUUAGGCCAAAUAUAUCGAUCGCACUGGUUUCAUGUAUUUAAUAAUGGAUCGAAUAGAGACAUCUAUUUGCUUUUGUUUAUGUUUACAGCACUUCAUUUCACAAUACCAGGAUAUGAUCUCUUCAGAAUGAGUUGAACAACAUUUGGACA